CAGAGCAAAAAAAAAAAAAAAAAACAAAGAACAAAAAUGUAGCAGCUUCGGCUUGACCAUUUUAUCUGAAACAAGUUAGAGUCAUCGCACUGAUCUCAGCUCACCGGAGUUGAGUUCCUCAUCAGCUACCGGAAACAGUAACAAACUCCGCCGCAAGGGGGAAGAUAUUAGGAAGAGCUAUAGAGUCUCAUAGAGAAGUGAAAAAGAAUGGAUUUAAUAUGUUUAAUUGGGACAAUUGCUGUGAUUUUGGUUUUAGGGUUUGUCUUUGUAAUCUUCAUUGAAGCUUAUAGAAGAAGAAAUAACCAUCAGCACAUUGAAGUUCCGGCAAUUUUUGAGGAUCCUAAUUCAUUGAAACAGGUUCCUUGCCCGCACGUUGUUGAUCCUGCCUCAAAGUAUAUCUCUUUGAUAAUCCCUGCAUUCAAUGAGGAGUAUAGGCUUCCUGGUGCACUUGAGGAAACUAUGAUUUAUCUGCAACAGCGUGCUUCAAAGGAUCCUUCAUUUUCAUACGAGGUUGUAAUUAUUGAUGAUGGAAGCACCGAUGGGACCAAAAGAGUAGCUUUUGAAUUUGUAAGGAAAUACACAGUAGACAAGGUACGGGUCAUCCUUCUUGGAAGAAACCAUGGGAAGGGAGAAGCAAUCAGAAAAGGAAUGUUGCACUCACGUGGUGAACUACUUCUCAUGCUUGACGCUGAUGGAGCAACCAAGAUCACCGACCUAGAAAAACUUGAAAAUCAGAUUCGUGCUGUUGCCAAAAAGGAUGGAGAUUCAAGUGGUAGUGAUCCUAGCUUUAGAAUAUCUGACACCCCUGUUGUUGUAUUUGGGUCACGAGCUCAUCUAGAGGAGAAAGCUUUGGCUACAAGGAAGUGGUACCGCAAUUUUUUGAUGAAGGGGUUCCAUCUUGUAGUUCUAUUGGCUGCUGGUCCUGGAGUUCGUGAUACACAAUGUGGUUUCAAGAUGUUUACUAGAGCUGCAGCUAGGAAACUUUUUUCAAAUGUCCGCUUGAAAAGGUGGUGCUUUGAUGUUGAACUAGUCUUUCUGUGCAAGUGGUUUCGAAUCCCGAUAUCAGAAAUUUCUGUAAAUUGGUCUGAGAUCCCGGGAUCCAAAGUGAAUCUUCUGAGUAUACCAAACAUGGUUUGGGAGCUUCUGCUCAUGUCUGUAGGGUACAGGAUUGGUAUAUGGAGAAUUUCUAAUUCCACCUGAGCUUCAAUGAUCACAAAUUUAGGAAGAAACUCGGCAUUUUCCUAUCCUAAGAGUAACAACUUAAUGCAAUAUUUAUAGUUCAUAGGACCAACCAUAACCUUGGGGGUUCUGUCCAGGAUGAGGUCAUGGAAGCUUUGUUUUUUUUUUUUUACUGUUGUUAUUCUACUAGGUAAAUCUAUUUUUUUUUGAACAAGCUACUAGGUAAAUGUAUUCAACAAUUCAUAGUUACCAUUGAUGAGAAAAACAUCUGAUUACAAGUUUGUAUUUGUUUUCUUACGCGUAGUUAACAUAUUAUACAGAUAA